GGCCGGCGGCGCCGCCGGCGCCGCCCUCCCCGCCCCGCCCCGCCAGUGCGCCUCGCCGGGCUCCGCGCCGCCUCCCUUGCGUCCCGCACUCGGCGGCGGUGCGUCCUGCGCUCCUCUCCUGCCUCGCGGUCCCUGCUCAGGUCUUCACUGCCCUCCCCGCUCCAGGCCGCCGGGAGGCGAGUCGAGGGGACCCGCAGGCCGUGCGCCCCGAGGUUCCGGGCCCAGAGGAGGCCGCACAGGAGACGCGGGACGGGAUGGUCCGGCGAGGGGGCUGCGCGCUGCUGGCGCUGUGCGGCUCGCUGGCCGCCUGUGCCUGGCUGCUGGGCGCCGAGGCCCGGGGGGCUGCGGGCCCUGCCGCGGGCUCGAGGCGGCGCCGGCGGCCGCAGGAGGACGGCAUCUCCUUUGAGUACCACCGCUACCCAGAGCUUCGUGAGGCGCUCGUGUCCGUGUGGCUGCAGUGCGCCGCGGUCAGCAGGAUCUACACGGUGGGGCGCAGCUUCGAGGGCCGCGAGCUGCUGGUUCUCGAGCUGUCCGACAGCCCCGGCGUCCACGAGCCGGGUGAGCCUGAAUUUAAAUACAUUGGGAAUAUGCAUGGCAAUGAAGCUGUUGGACGGGAGCUGCUCAUUUUUCUGGCCCAGUACCUGUGCAAUGAGUACCAAAAAGGGAAUGAGACAAUUGUCCAGCUGAUCCACAACACCCGAAUCCACAUCAUGCCCUCCCUGAACCCGGAUGGCUUUGAAAAGGCAGCAUCUCAGCUUGGUGAGCUGAAGGACUGGUUCGUGGGUCGAAGCAAUGCCCAGGGAAUAGAUCUGAACCGGAACUUUCCCGACCUAGACAGAAUAGUUUAUGUUAAUGAGAAAGAAGGUGGUCCAAAUAAUCAUCUGUUGAAAAAUCUGAAGAAAAUUGUGGAUCAAAACACAAAGCUUGCUCCUGAGACGAAGGCUGUCAUUCAUUGGAUUAUGGAUAUUCCUUUUGUGCUCUCAGCCAAUCUUCAUGGAGGAGAUCUUGUGGCCAAUUAUCCAUAUGAUGAGACACGGAGCGGCAGUGCUCACGAAUACAGCUCCUGCCCAGACGACGACAUCUUCCAAAGCUUAGCUCGGGCGUACUCAUCCUUCAACCCCCCGAUGUCGGACCCAGAUCGGCCUCCAUGUCGCAAGAAUGAUGACGACAGCAGCUUUGUAGAAGGAACGACCAAUGGUGCUGCAUGGUACAGCGUGCCUGGAGUAAGUACUGUUAUCAGUUCAGGAAGCUCUACACAUUUUAUUGAGUCUGGAAAUGGAAAAACCCACCUCAGCACAGCUGGAGGAAGCAUUUCUAAAUAUCAAGGCAGCUCUUACAGCUCUCUGUUCGAGUAUGAACUUUGA